GCCGCGCUCCGCACGCCCUCGCCCAGAGGGGACCUGUCUGUGGCGGAGGUACCUUGGACAGAGACGUCGCGCCCGCCCUGAGCCGCCGGAGGGCACCGAGCCGCAGAACAGAGGUGUGAGGCUCUGGGAGCCCCCCGAGUGACUGCAAUUUCUGUCCUCAACAAUCUCAAAGGAAAUGCAGGAAUGCCUGUACUAGAAAAAGACAUGCAGAAGAAGGAGAAAGAUUCACGCUGUAAAGAUGAGCCAGCAGUACCAAAACUUCCAGUCCCACCACUGCAACAGACCUUACAGAUGUACCUACGGUGCAUGAAACACUUGGUGCCAGAGGAGCAGUUUAGAAAAACAAAGAGCAUCGUGGAGCAGUUUGGAGUUGCAGGAGGCCUUGGGGAAUCCUUGCAGCUAAUCCUCCAGGAAAGAAGGGAAAAGACGACAAACUGGGUGUUUAACUACUGGCUGGAUGACAUGUACCUCAACAACCGUUUGGCUCUUCCAGUCAACUCCAGCCCAGCAAUUAUCUUCGCUCGUCAGAAUUUCAAGGAUGUAAAUGACCAGCUAAGGUUUGCUGCCAAUCUUAUUUCCGGUGUGCAAGACUAUAAAGCUUUACUAGACAGCCAUGCUUUACCUGUUGAUUUUGCUCGUGGACAGCUGUCUGGUCAGCCUCUCUGUAUGAAGCAAUACUAUGGACUCUUUUCUUCCUAUCGUCUUCCAGGACAUACCAAAGACACCCUUGUGGCCCAGAAAAGCUGUGUAAUGCCAGAACCAGAGCACAUCAUUGUUGCUUGUAACAAUCAGUUUUUUGUUUUGGACGUUGUCAUUAAUUUCCGUCGUCUCAGUGAGGGAGAUCUGUUCACUCAGUUACAAAAGAUCUCCAGAAUGGCAGAGAAUGAAGAUGAAAUGCUGCCUCCAAUUGGCUUGCUGACGACUGACGGAAGAACAGAGUGGGCAGAGGCCAGGACACUCCUUAUGAAAGACUCCACUAAUCGCGACUCUCUUGACAUGAUUGAACGAUGUAUAUGUCUGGUGUGCCUGGACAGCCCGAGUGGGGUUGAACUCAACGAUACAAACAUGGCAUUGCAACUGCUACAUGGAGGAGGCUACCAUAAAAACGGUGCCAACCGUUGGUAUGACAAACCUAUGCAGUUUGUGGUAGGAAGAGAUGGAGUCUGUGGCACUGUAUGUGAACAUUCCCCUUUCGAUGGCAUCGUACUGGUGCAGUGCACUGAACACCUGCUCAAGCACAUGAAAGAAAGCUCCAAGAAACUACUCCGAGCGGAUUCAGUAAGCGAGCUUCCUGCUCCACGGAGAUUAAGAUGGAAAUGCUCCCCUGAAAUUCAGGCACACUUGGCAUCAUCAGCAGAAAAACUCCAAAGGAUAGUGAAAAAUCUGGACUUCAUUGCCUACAAGUUUGUGCACUAUGGAAAGGAAUUCAUUAAGAAACAGAAGACCAGCCCAGAUGCUUACAUUCAAGUAGCACUGCAGUUGGCAUUUUACAGGUGCCACAGGAGACUUGUCCCUACCUAUGAAAGUGCUUCCAUACGCCGAUUUGAUGAGGGCAGAGUCGACAACAUUAGGUCUGCUACGUCAGAAGCAUUUGCUUUUGUGAAAGCAAUGAUUGAUGAUAAGCUAGCUCUGUCGGAUUCUGAGAAGAUGCAGAGAUUUAAGGAUGCAAUUGCAGCUCAAACUAAUUACACUAUUUUGGCUAUUACUGGAAUGGCAAUAGACAAUCACCUACUAGGGCUGAGAGAGGUGGCACGAGAACACUUCAAGGAGCUGCCAGAGAUCUUUACAGAUGAGACAUAUUUGACAAGCAAUAGAUUCAUCCUCUCAACCAGCCAGGUUCCAACGACUAUGGAAAUGUUCUGCUGCUACGGGCCCGUGGUACCCGAUGGUUAUGGGGCAUGUUAUAAUCCUCAGCCAGAGCAUAUAUUAUUCUGCAUUUCAAGCUUUAAAGACUGUAAGGAAACGUCUUCAGACAUGCUUGCAAAAGCCGUGGAAGAAAGUCUCCUAGAAAUCAGAGAUCUGUGCAACAAAUACAGCUCUUCGACAGCAAAGUCACUUGCCAAACAAGAGGAAGCCACACAGUUGCAGAGUGACCGCAAACUCUGAGAAUCAUUAUCCCAAAUCCACCAUAAGAAGGAAUAAAUGACAUAGUUGUUCUAAGGCAAGAUAGUGCUAGUGAUAUAUUAGCGUAGAACAAAAACGCCGUUUCUUUUACACUAUUGCUAGCAUUUGUAAAUGUGAAAUCUUACAUGUCAUGCUUGAGGAUCAGCGGGAAGGUUUGGUCUCACUGGCUGAAAUGGCAGUAAAGCGUGUAGGAUUGUAGUAUCAAAUCUAACUAUAAUUGACUUAUGCCACUUUAUUUAAAAAGAAAAACCCUGAAAGUUUGUAUAUGGCAUGGAUGAAAUGCUAAAGCACACCUAACUAUUAAUAUUCUACUAAUUCCAAUGUUACAAAAGCAGACCAUCUUUAAUAGUGGCCAUUGUGUAUUUCUAGAUAGAGCAACAGACCUCUGUAAAAUCAGACCAGGGUCUGUACGUUCCCCUGAAUCAGAAAUGCUGCAGAAUGGUUUACACUUAAUUCUGGUUUGCACUGGCCUUAAGUACAGUGCCAUCCUGAAAGCAGCACCUUGGAGAUAAAAUCCAUCAAAGAGAAUUAGGAGAAUUUUGUCUGUAAUGAAUUGACUUGAUCAUUUCUUUCUGACAGCGAGCAAAAUCCAGUCUGACAGAGAAGCAAAGCACAAAGCAUAAGUACAAUUCAACUCUAUUUAAAUCUUGUUUAUUGUUCGCAUAGGAAUGAAUUCUGUCAGCGUGACCAGCAGGAGAGCUACAUGCAACCACAGAAAAUCAAAGAGCAAUAAAUAACUAGAAUAAGGAGGCAAACUUGCAGGAUAAGGAAGUCUCUAAGAUAGAGCGAUAAAUACCAGUUUAAAAGUAUCAGUACUCGUAACAGCUUUGCAUCAUCCCACUUGGGAGGGAUUUAUACUUUAUAUUUUAAUAUCAGAUGCUAUGUAUCACCUUUUGCAAUGCACUUCUGUCUAAGAAACCUAGAUACUGACCCAGUAGAUUAUGCAUGUCCAUGCUUAUUUUACCCCCUCUUUCUAGUCACAUUCAUUCAAUUAAGCAUUCUGCUGGAUAAAGGCUAUCUGUGCCAUAUGCGAAAGCCCAGUGGGCCUAAUAAUCAAUCAGAGCAAGUCAGUUACAGUGGAGCAAAUCAGCUACGGUGAUUUACAGUGAUAGGGUUCCUUUUUCUUAAGUUAGCACAUAAAAGAUAUUCUGCUCUUUUAACAUAAACACAGCACUACAAUCACACCAUUUUUUCCAUACAACUGCUCACAAUUAUGGCCAUACUUUACGAGUAUAUGAUGCUGUGAGCUGUUACUGGAUUAUUUAUUAAUUUGAUUCUAAUUAAAUGUAUAAUUACAUUUUGUAUUCCUAGCUUGAGAGGUACCAAUACUUACAGGUACCUAUUCAAGAAACCUCAGGCUCAGCUCCUGGUACACUUAGACUGGACAGUCUUGCAUAAGGUUAAGAUAAGUAAAACUCAUAGCCCAGGGCACUCCCAGUUUGCCAGCAGGAGCUUCAUGGGGACUGUGCUUCUUCACAGCUAACAGAGUCCCCUACACCUAUGUUUUAUCAGCCCAUGCUGCACUGCAUUUACUAAGGACUUCAGGAAAUAGAUAGCUUCCUUAGGUGCUUAUAUAAACUUGUUUGUGCGAUAACAAAACAAAGUAAAACCUGACUUCAAAACUGAUAUAGUUAAGGGUGUGAGAGCCUGCUGCCUGUGCCUGGACUGCAGUGUGGGGGACAGAAGACUCAGAAAUAUUUUAGUGAUACUUUUAUUUUUAUAAAAUAGUAUAGAUUUAUGACAAACGUGUUUACUUAUAGCCUGCUCGGUUCAGUAGUCUAGUGCCCUAUGGAAACAUGUUUAUGUUUAUCUAUAUGAAUAUAUGUAUCUGAUGUGAAGUAAAUGCUGGAAAACACUACUUCAGCUCAACAUGCUGCCAAUAAAGCCAUCGGAAUGAG